AUGAAAGGCACCACUAACCCUUUCAACAACAUCGGGAGGAACACCUUGUAUUUGGUCGGAGGGCUAAUCGUUUCGGUGUUCUUGACGAAGAAACUCGUAAGCGAUAACAAACAGACGCAGUUUGACCGCAUGAAGGCCGACGCUAUUACCAAGGAAAACUACUACAAGAAUCUUGCCAACGUGAAGCCGGGCUUCCCGCUGCCUGCCGAGGAUUCUGCAGAAAGUCGGAAAAGCGAAUUUGAAGGCCCCGGACUGAGCUACUUAAGUAGGAAGGGAGGGGACAGACUUGGAUUUUUGGACAGGAAAAGUGGACGGGACUGA